CUGUGUCCUCACACACACAGCAAACACACUCGACACACACGCGCAAUUGUCUUACAGUCAGCCAGUCAGCCAGUCAGUAACCAGGCAAUUUGCACACAUACACGGACAUACACCGUCCGCACUCACACAGCGAUUGAUUACCUGCGUAUCGAACACACACGCACAUAAAAUGAAUGCAUUCACCAUCGGAAAAACCCCUGCCUACAAGUGCGUGUGGUCUGCAUGUUAUGUACGGCGUGGCAGGCCUGUGCUGUCUGUCUGUUAGUGUACACGUCCUUCACACACUCCCUGCCACUGCAGUUGAUGAAUGAAUGCAAUGCGGCUGAGCAAAAAAGGCUCACACGGCCCUUCCCAGAAACAAGCUGCCUCCAAUCAAUCCAUGUGUGUGGCCUGGUCGGUCGGUCGGUCGGUCGGUCGGCCACACAUUAUUUAUGGUGUGUACGCGUACGCAAUGCCCACCUGCCUCCCCUUCCGUCCCCCCGCACUGCGCUUCCUCCUUCCUCUCUCCUCACCACCAGCCUCGCCGCCUUCAUAGACCACUUCCGCCAUCUGCCCCUCUUCGCCGGACAGAGUGUAUUGGGCUGUCAUGAGAGGCGCGCUGACCGGGGGAUAGACGUGGUUGUUGCUGUUGCUGUUGUUGUUGUUGUUUGCCGGCCUGCGGGGGCUGCAUGGGCUGCUGGAACUGCCUGCAGAGGCGAGCAGAGUGGGGUAGGGGGCCGCCGGAGCCGGCUGUCUGCCUUGGCGGUCGAAUGUGUCGGCCAGGGGGGAGGGGAACGGUGACGGUCUGCUCUCUCUGGCGUCCUUUGGUCUUGUUGAGGCCCCAUCGUUGCCGAAAUGCGGCCGGGUUGCCCAGUCGGAGAAAUAGUAGGGGUCGAUAUCCACAGCAAAGGCCUCCAGCGGCCCUCCACCACCGUCGUUUCGCUCCGAUUCCCCCUCCUUCCGCGCGAUAAACACCUUGACGGACACCAGCCCGUCAUCCCCCGCCUCUCGCCUGUCAACGGGCAUCGAGUCCCCCCUCCUCGGCGCGCUGCUCAUCCACUCCGUGUCACCCCGCCCCUCAGUCGCACUCCGUGCCCUCGGCACAAGCAGCUCAUCACCACUCAAAUCACCAUCGAGAAUCCCAAUGCGGGUCUUCCGGCGAGGCAGGAUGCACCGGAAGAGGGGCGGGGAGCGGAGCGUCGAGCGACGUUCGUGUCGUGCGCUGGCGGCGCCCGGCAGGGGAGGGAGUGGGGGGGACGGCGGGGCCUCGCUCUGGGUCUCCAGCUCCCAGUCGAAGGAGGCGAUCGUCACCUCGUCGGGCGGCACCGUGGCGUAGUGGGAUGGCAGCCGAUGGGGCGCACGGAAGCUGGGGUGGCGCGCCAUGAGGUUGCGGAGACGCUGGAUGGAUGGAUGGAUGGAUGGAUAGACGCACAGGACACAAACGAGGUAUGAGCUGGUGGUUUCUUGGUGUGUGUGUGUGUGGGUGAGGGUGUCGCGUAUGCGUGCCUGUUGGGAUAGAGCGAAGGUGAAUCGGUAUUUGGUGACGAUCUGGACCACAUAGUUGAGGAGCGCCUGACGCACAUCCGCCUCGCGCUUCGGAGAGGGCGCCACCUGAGCAGGCACGACCAAAGAACGGAUGAAAUGCGGAUCUUCCUCCAAACAAACACCUGACCUUGAUGGUCCGGCAUCGUUGAGUGAGAGCGAACAGGCGGUCGAACACUCCCUGAAUGGCGUCGUUCAUCUCUGGCAGAGUCGACCGAAACUCCCAUGGAAACACCUGGCACACACACAGAGACAGCGACAGCAGACAUGUUCUCUCUCAGUCUUUGCUGGCUGGCUUGUUGUGUGCCCCACAUGCUCACACACUUGCUGUGACUUGAGCGACGACACAAAUCGCGUGAGGCCAUCGAAUUGCGCCACAAGCGUGCCCAGGUGUGUGUGCUGCUCGGUGGCUUCUCUGAAGAUGGCCACCAGCUGCUGCACAGACGGCUCGUAGUAGCUAAGCGGGUCAGCCGCCAGGCGACACUGCCACUCCUGCAUGCCAUGCAUCCAUCAACCACACCAUUGAUGUUGAUGGGAUGGACAGACAGACAGACAGACUUGCAUCUCGGUAGGUCUUGUUGUCCUACUUACCUCCACAUAUGUGUAGCAGGAUGGGCAGCACCUGGCCACUCGUGACUCGCCUGAAAUCAAUGAGACCAGCAGCACCAGCCACAUGAGAUGAGGGAUGGGAGGACUGGACAACCCCUGUCUGCCUUACCUUACCUGUGGCAACGUCCUGCGGUCUCCGUCGUGUCAGCCGUGGCGAUGGCGGGGUGGUGCGGUCGGGGAGUCGGGGUGAGGACGGCUGGGAGGGCGGCUGCUGGGACGGGCGGAGGAGCGACACUUGAUGGAUACGACAGUCCUAUGGAUGGAUGGAUAGACAAAUCAACCAAUAAAGGAUGGGACGUACGAAUCGGACGGUUGGAGGACCGUCAUGCGCGCACCUUGCAAACUGGUUCGUGGCAUAUCUCACUGUGAGUGACCAUCACACACACGGAGGAAGGGAAGCACACUCAUCUGAGGAGCCAUCCACAUCUGUCUGUCGUUCCCCUCACUCACCAGAACUGCUUGACCACUUGUGUGACGGCUGCCUUGCCCAGCUUGCCAAUCUGCAUCAGCCCCGGCGACUUGACGAAUGGCCGAUGACAGAACCGACAGGUGGUGGCGUCACCAGCCGCAUCAGCCGUGCCGUCCUCAUUCGCUGAUGCGGGCGGGGAGAGGGCGCCCUGGUGGGGCCGAGGAGGGGAAGACAGGAAGAUGCGCAGCAGGUCCGCAUCUGCAUGCACAAACACACACACAAAAGGACCACAACGGACAUACUCGUGAAUGAGUGUUUCGCGAUGUGCUCUCGUCUUCAGCUCACCGUUCUUCUCGAUGAUCUCUCUGGCGAUUUGGAGCCUCUUGGAGAGCGGAACACGCUGGGUCUGUCGUGCUUGGCGAAAGAGCCCACUUCUGUCCCUGGUGACGCCCAGGACUGCUGUAGAGGGCGGGACGGUGACACUGAGGGGAACAGGAGCGCCCUCCUUCGGUCCUCGCAUCAUCCCAUGAAUCAGUGACGCCGCAUUCGACGGUUGCCUUGACCCUCUCCUCUGACUUUUCUGGCGAGGCAGCUGCAGGAGGGUC